CAAAGGCCAAUUAGCAGCUCCCAGGUGCAAUCAAUUAACUCCUAAACGCUACUUGUAGUGCGGCAGACGCUUCGUCUUUAUCCGGUGUUCAGCAGCUACAGGGGGGGCUUUCACUUGGAUCCAUGGCUCGGAACGGGAUUGAGCUGCUGCUGCUGGUAGUCCUGGUUGGGGCUCUGCUUUUGGUUUCAGUCCAAGGAUGGGAGCGGAUCAAUGACACCGAGCUAAUGAACUUAUACCAGAGGGGAGAGUGGGGUCAAACACAAGGAACAGUGACUGGUAAGAAACCAACGAAUAUAAGUAUUUAGACGUUUAAAAGAAGUGAAAAUUAAUUCAUAUGAAGUUUCUUGUGCUCCAUUCUCCCUUUUAAAUACUGUGUUUUGCUGCUAAAUCGUAGCUUGAUUUGUUUAGAUUACAAAACUGUGGCUAAUGUUAACUAUCUUUUGAUUCCUGAGUUCUUAACUUUUCUGCCUUUCCUUAGUUGUACAUCUCAUGCACUGACAUUUACUUGUCAUAACACUAACCCAAACAACUCUCUUUUGAGUAAAUUAAACAUUUGAAAUAAUUUUUGGUCAGGACUUUUCAGUAUUGAAAAGUAUUUCAGUAUUUAUUUUUUUACUUUUUUAAAUUUUCUACUUUUCUUGAACUUAGGGGCUCACCAGCUUGACUUCUGUCUUCCAAAGUUUCUCACCCUAAUCCCCCUCUCCUCCAGACUUUAGCAGCAGCUCUGAAGAAGAUGAAGAAAUUCCAGAGGAAGUCUAUCCUGAUUUCGAUGGUGAAGCCACCAGUGAAAACUCAGACCCUUUUGCUGGCCAUGGGUUCCAGGUGGACACUGGAGACUCUGGUCCAAGACUCUGGGCCAGUGGACAUGAAGGCGGGUACCAUGUGGAGUUUGAAGACCCCCCUGAAAUAAACUGGGCCGGUGGUGAUGGUGAUGAUAUGGGAUUUGCUGAGGCCCCUCCAAGGAGCUGGACCAGCAGUAGCACUCCCAGUUCUAGUGGGAUGGAUGUGGUUUGCAGUGAUGAUGGCUUUCAAAUUACUCUGCCCACUGAUCAGCUGAGUGAAGUGAAAGUGUUAGGUACGUACUUUUGAUUUCUCUGCUUAUUUAGAUAUAGCUGUAGUAAGUUUGAGUUGUAAGCUAACUUGUUUUUUUCUCCCCCUCAGGCUUGAAGGACCUGUUGUCUAUCACAGAUGCUCCUGAGUCAUGCGGUUAUGAAGUGAACUUUUUCACCAACACAUUAAGUGUCCCCUACACCGGAUGCAAUGUGAAACACGUAGGUUACUCAAGUAAUGCCUUGACUUUUACCUGUCUACUUUCUAAAAUGUAAUUUUUGAAGUGGAAAACCCUCCUUGUAUUUUAAAAUUACAGACCGACGGCUACACUCUGCAGCUGCUUUAUGAAGAUGCAUUUGGUCAGACACAAGUCGCUACAGCCUCAUGUGAGGAAGGUCCCAGCUCCAGUUCUGGCCUGUUACCCCGCACCAGUACUGGCAAAAAGUGCAAUAACCCAACCACGCCAUCCAAGGCACAAAGUGAGUGCAGUUUCAGUAACAGAAAAGUGCUAAAUUUGUGGUAUGUAAAAUCUUCUGCAUCUUUUUCUGUUGGUAUUAAAGUGUACAAUUUACCUUCAGAUUGUGCUGUUGCUACUGGGGAGAGGGUGACUUGUGGUCAAUCAGGAAUAUCUACAGCAGAUUGUGAGAAAAUGGGAUGCUGUGUGGAUUCUUCCAGCUCUGCCUGCUACUACCCCAUGGAUGGUAAGGCUUCUGUUAUCUAUGGUGAAGGAUAAUCUGCUAAACUUCUUCAAAAAUACUGCUUUCUUCCUUUUUCAGAGUGCACUGGAGAUCAACACUUUGUUUUUGCCAUUCGUUCAAAUUCUGCAUCCGUUCCUAUUGACCCCACCAAGCUUGUUAUACCUGCCAGUCCAAGCUGUAAACCGGUCAUUGUCAAUGACAAGGUCGCCAUCUUUAAGUUUAAAGUAACAGAAUGUGGUGCCCGUGCUUAUGUAAGUUAUCUUCUUUUGAUUAACUACAUUUAAACAAGUCUUUUACUGUGUACAUCAAGAUGAAAUUGUUUUCUACUGCAGCCCAUAAAUACGAUCAUUUCUAAUUUUGAGUUUUUCACGCUUCUGGUUUUCUGGACUCUGACUCAAGACUUCUCAAACAAACCAGUGACAUUCUCAGUCUCAUAAUGUUCAAUCUAGGUUUCUGGUUUAUCAUUGUGUAGAGGUAUCUGAGGACUACACUUGACCAAGUUGAUUUUUUUUUUUUUUUUUCUGUAGAUGGUUGGUGAGACUAAAAUCUACCUGGCUGAGGUGCAAACUACUGUCCAAGCUCUGAACCUCAAGUAUGGUAUCAUUACAAGAAGUGAUCCUCUCAGGUUAGCUGGUUUCAGAGGACUAUUGACUCUGUACACUGUUCUUACUUUGAUGCCGAAUGCUGCCAGAUAUUUAACAUGUUUUAAUUCUUUAGUUUUGCCCCCCACCCCCUUUUUUUAAAUUGAUUUUUUUUUUAUUUUUAUAUGGUGCAUGCAUGUAAGCGCCAAGCUUUGACACUUGCACAUAUCUCCCUGUAGGUUCAUGGUUGAAUGCAGAUAUGGUAAAUCAGGUGGUACGCCACAGUCACUGGCAAGUGUUGGCUACAUGGUGAAGACUCCAACUUCCAGUCUACCAUCACAGGUCAUCUCCAAUGGUUUAUAUGGUGUUCAACUGAGGAUUGCAAAAGGUUGGGUAUUUCUUUUUUUUGUUUUCACAAAUAGUUGCCUUUUGCAGCUUUCCUCUUAUCUCAUUCUCAAUCCGUCUUAACAGAUUCAACCUAUAAAAGCUACUUUCCUACCAACCAUCAGCCCCUUAAACUGCUCCUGGGCAAUCCUGUGUAUCUUGAACUGCGUCUCAAGUCGCCUAAACCAGAUGCAGCUAUUCUUGUCAACUACUGCAUAGCUUACCCUCGUUCUGCAAAGAAUGCACUGGUGCUUGUUUAUGAAGGGUAAGGCUGUCUAAACUCAUUUUACAUUGAUUAAAAAGUUUUUGUCUGCUUACUAAAAAUUAUUUUUAUCUUUUUGUAGAUGCGCCAACCCACAUGACCCAAGUGUGUCCAUCCUUAAAGUCAGCGACCUCCCUAAAAACCGCCACCAGAGGCGCUUUGUGGUCAAGGCCUUCCAGUUCAUGGAUCAGAAGACAAACAAGUACCUUGAUGAAGAAGUGAGUUAAAGUAGUCUGGAGUCAUGGCAACAUGUUCUCUGUACAAAAGACAAGUGUAAACUGUCUUUUAUUGGCUGAAUAUUUAUAUAUUUUUUUAUUUUCCUGCAGAUCUACUUUAUGUGCUCCUCAGAAGUUUGUAGGACAGCAGAAAAGAAGUGUGAGGAGCGUUGCUUUGAUGGAAAGGCAAGUAUUAACCUUGGAAAUUUGCCAUCAAUAUUGUUUAAAAAAUUCUAAUAAAAUUCUUUGCUUCCAGGCACCGUAAGGAAACUGCAGAGGACCUUUUUUGUGAAGAGAUGAUCAUAAAAUGGAAAACUGAUUAAAGGUUUUACA